AUGCCCUAUCCACGGCCCGUCUCCCCGGUCUCCCUCGAAACUUGCGUGCCUUUACCCUCCGAGCUAUAUUCAGAUGACCUUCUCGCCUCGGACGACGAGCUGGAUGAUGCUGCCCAAACUGCAAAGCGCCAGAGGGUUGAGAAAUUGGCGGAGUCUUAUCUCCAAGGCAAACCAUUGUUGAUUCUCUCUGCAUCGCUGCGGGGCCCAUUCAAUGAGGAAUGGAUCAACCCGUGGAAGAAGAAUAGGACGCGCGGGACUAGCGCAAUGGCGAGGGUUCGCCGGGCAAAUGUGCCCGAACGGGUGGUCCAGGAAACCGAUUUGCGGGCACCGAAGUACCGAGAGGGUCUAUCGGUUUGUAGUCGUCACCCGGAGAUUCCUGUGAUACCAGGCAAUCUUCCUAGGACCUCGGUGCAAACUGGAGACCGUUCUUCUCCCUCCAAAUCGCCAAGGAGACAAUGCAAGGAGCCCACUCCGCGCCAGGGGCACAUUGGACAAAAUGGAGCAUUGCGACGGUCUCCUACCAAAUCAAAAGAACUGCCGUCGGUGACAGUGGAGGAUCAAUCAAUAAUGCCGCCUAGGACGGUGGACUGGCUGAGGAAGGAUCGAAAGCUCAUGAACUUCACCAAGUUCGAACCGCCGAGCUCGCCAACAAUGUCCAUUGCUUCUCGUCAGCCAGAGAAAUCUCGUCGGCCGAUGCUUCGAACUGUCCAAGUCCAGGUCCCACAGACGCCGGGAUCGCCAACAAAAUGCCCUCCUGUCAAAGCCAUCCCAGCGAAGAUGGCCCAGACUUCUCGUGCCAACUCGAACGGGCACCUAUCUCCGCGGUCGAUUCGAUCAGCCGCCUCAAAUUCACCCAAAGUUCCUACUGUUCCCAAAUUAUCACCAUUCCAACAAUAUCAGCAAUCUCAUUCUAUACAGGAAGCGUCUCUCCGAAUCGUCAAUUCUUCCUCUCAGCUUCCGAGGUUUGAAUAUCGGAGGUGGCUCCGUGAGCAAUCGAGUCAACAGGAGCAGGCUUCUCCUAUGCAAGAUGAAAGCAUCCUGCAAGAAGAGACAUUUUUGCAGGAGGACAGCUAUCUGAAAGAAAUGUCUGCAGUCGACCCCGCACCCGCCAGUCCUAGUCCUACUAGAGAUCUGGGGUUGGAUCCUGCUAAACCUGAACCUGAACCUGAACCUUCGCCCUUUGAAGAAAUACCAGUUCAAGAUGAGGAGUCUUUGAAAAAAGAUGAAAGUCACAAAACUUUGUCGAAAGAGACCAGGUUCGCAGAUGAGGAAGACGUCAUAGAGGACAAUCUUGUCACGGAUCAGGUCGCUGGGGAAGAUGUCGUCGUGCAAUAUGCCGCAGUGGAAAUUGCAAACGAGGAAGAUAUAUCGACAUUCCAAGAUACAGAUAUCUCUGGGCCAGCAGAACAGAACACCUACGAUGAUCUCCCUUCUGCCCAACAAGUGCCAGCACCUUUGGGAGUGUCAGAUCGGGUAACGUCAUUGCACUCGACGGCUUUACCAAGAGGAGAUUCAGGAAACGACUCAACUCCAAGCCCUGAUACCCAGCUUUCAACCCAGGCCGCCCUUUUGCACGCCCAGAAGUCUUUUCAAGACGACCUAGAUAGCCCGGAAUAUUGCAACCAACACACACCAAAUCCGGACAGGGCAGUGCAUUCACCCAAUGCUUCACUUCACUCGGCAAGUGUCACUCCAUUCUACCGUCUAGAGGAGUCAAUUCGACGGGAUCUAGAGAGGAGUUCGGAAUCCACGAACAAAGACGGGAUGCAAGCAAUGAGCACGCAGUUCAUGCUUGAUGCAGCUACUCCUUUCAAUUUCAGCACUGAGCAAUCUGGUCAAGAUCGGAGCUUGAAACCUACGAAUAGAAAUACGACGCAAGCAAUGAAUACGCAGUUCAUGCUUGAUGCGGCUACACCCUACAUGUUCAGUACAGAGAAGAGACAGCGUCCAUCUCGGCCAGACUCAGGCUCACCUACAGCGAGAAACUUCAAGCGAAAAAGGCCAUCAUCCGAUUUGGGAAGCCCCUCCUCUUCUAAUAGGAGUCAAUCAACAUCCCUCGAAAACGGAUAUCACACUGCGGAAUCCCAAUCAGGGGAUGAUGAAGAAAAUUCCCAACCAUCGGCCCAACGGACGGAUCGUCAACCAAACUAUCAAUAUGCCACAGAGGCUGCGUCCUUGCCCCUCACCCUGAGCGAAUCAGUGCCUACAACAGUCCAGGAUGGACAAGGUGUUCACCAGGGAAUGGAGAGCUUCAACCUCAGUCAGGCAAUUGCAGAUGCUGGUAGUUGGCUUCAACAAAGUUUUGAUUUCACGAAGGACAGCGGUCGACCAAGUCAGAACCGCAAAGCGAUUCCUACGCCUGACGCGCAACCUUCCCCUUUACACAUGGAUUUAUCUCACUAA